AUGGCAGCUGAGUCACUGCCUUUCUCCUUCGGGACACUGUCCAGCUGGGAGCUGGAGGCCUGGUAUGAGGACUUGCAGGAGGUGCUGUCCUCAGAUGAAAAUGGGGGUACCUGUGUCUCACCCCCUGGAAACGAGGAGGAAGGACCAAAAACCUUCACCACUCUUGACCCCGCCUCCCUGGCUUGGCUGACCGAGGAGCCAGGACGAGCAGCGGUCACGUGCACCUCCCAGAGCCCCAGCUCUCCGGAUUCCAGUCAGAGCUCCCCGGCUCAGGAGGAAGAAGAGGAAGACCAAGAAAGACCCAGGAAACGGAAACACCGUGGCCAGUGCCCGGCACGGGCUGGAAAGCAGCACAUGAAGGAGAAAGGACAAGAGAAUGAAAGAAAAGUGGCACAGCUAGCUGAAGAGAACGAACGGCUCAAGCAGGAAAUUGAGCGCCUGACCAGGGAAGUGGAGGCGACUCGCCGAGCUCUGAUUGACCGGAUGGUUAAUCUGCACCAAGCGUGAACAGCUGGGACCAGCACUUCCCCCUCGGGCCACUUCUGACCCUUCCUGGAAGUAUCUACUGACCACCUUCUCACCAGUGCCAACGAUGUACCCCUCCCACCCCCAUCUAUUCAGUAGGGGGAAAACUUAGGGUAGAUGACAGGAGAGGGUCUCGGCAUGUAUAUAGAGAUUGUACAUUUAUUUAUUACUGUCCACAUCCAUUAAAGUGACUUUCCAGGA